GAAGCAUUGGAAGGUUUUGAAAUCUAUUGAACAUGGAGGGACGCGGAGGGCUUUCCCCAACUCAAUUAGAAGAGUACAAGACAAAUGGCUUUCUGGUCAUUGAAAACUUCUUCUCGCUGGAAGAAGUGGAGGAAAUGAGGAUUGCUAUGUACGAUAUUGUGGAAAAAAUGAAUUUAGAAGAUCAUCCCAAAAGCAUCUUCACCACCGGAGAGGACCAAGUGAAGUUUAGAGAUGACUACUUUAUGACAAGUGGAGACAAAAUCAGAUUUUUCUUUGAACAAGGAGCUUUUAAUGACAAAGGUGAACUUAUCAAGGACAAGCAAAAAGCCAUAAACAAAGUUGGUCACGCCCUUCAUGCCUGGAAUCCUGUCUUUAAAAAGAUGACAUUCAACAAGCGAAUUGAGGCUGUUGUCAAAUCAACAGGAUUCAAACACCCUGUUGUCCCACAGAGCAUGUACAUUUUUAAACAACCAGGAAUUGGUGGUGAAGUCUCACCACAUCGAGACUCCACUUUCCUGUAUACAGAGCCACCUAGUGCUAUGGGAAUCUGGAUUCCACUUGAAGAUUGCACUUUGGAGAAUGGCUGUCUGCAGUUUGUCCCCAAGUCACAAAAUGAAGGAAUAAAGUGCCGUUUUAUACGCAACCCUGAGGCAGGGACUCCAACCAUCUUCAGAGGACCUAAAGAAGAAUCUAGAGAUGACAGUGACUACAUUCCUCAGUUAACAAAAAAAGGUUGUUUGGUGUUGAUUCAUGGAGCUGUUCUGCACAGAAGUUUCGCAAACAAGUCUGAGAGGUCGCGGCAUGCAUACACUUUUCAUAUUGUGGAACAAGAAAACACAGAAUACAGCAAAGAAAAUUGGUUGCAACCCUCACCAAAGUUACCAUUUCCUCCUCUUUACACUGGGUAGAUGGUGACAAUGAACAUUUAGGACCAGAAGAGUCAAGCUGAUUCAAUCCUCCACUCAUACAUGAAUCCUAUCAUACUUGAACUUUAGGCUCAGUUUAACAAUUCUUUUGUUUUCAUGUUACUAUUUGUUAGGCUCUUUUGUUUUUAUUUUGUUUAUACAUCCAUGUCUGAAGUACACUACAUCUCAAAAUUGAAACUCCCAGGAGAAGUUUGUUCUGGGUGUGCUUUGAAAUAUUUCUUUCACAACAAGCCUAAGAAAAAUUUUGCAGAAGUGUGAAAAACAUUAAUUUUGUAACAGUAUACCACAUCAGACAAUCAUAUUUUAGGGACAAUUCAGAUGGCAGAUUUUGGAAAACACUCUGGGAAUUAUUUCCUACAAUGUGCAACAUGGUCUUUAUAUCAGGGAUAUCAUUGAAGUUAGCAGUUAUUUUGUUUUAUUACAGUAGAAAGAUAAUAUGAAGAUGCAAGAAAUUAAAGCACAGCUCUUUAAUUUGUCAUUUUACAAAAUUUCGAAUCAUUAAUAGCUUAAUACAAUUACUGUGUAUUGUUUUUAGCCUAUGUAUCAUAUCAAAUGAUUUUUUUUUACAGUGUAAAGCAAAUUAUUAAUCAUCAUCUUAUAUUCAAUGCUUACAUAACAAGAUUGGAAAUAAUCAUGUGACCUAUAUAUAAUUAUAUAAAGACCUUAGUCAAUUAAGUGUGAUAUAUUCCUUUAUAAUAAAAUUUUCAAUGAAGCAUAAAUAUACUGGCUAAAUACUGAACCUCCAACUUGAGACUUAAAACACUCUGUUUUUUUCUGAACUCUACAUAUUUGAACUUUUGAGAAUUAAGGUUUGAAGUCAAAACAUCAAACUGACUUUAAAAAAGUCUGUUCUACUCAUUAUCUACCACCUGAACAGGCCAUACUGCUUCACUUUCCUAAAUAUGCCGGAUUUAUUGUAUUUAAUUCAAAAUAAAAUAACCCAUGAUUAAAAAACUGUUAUUGUUCAGAAAUGCUUCACACUAAUGAAGAGUAUAGAUGAGAUUUAAUUGUAUAACAUUCUAAAAAAGAAAUUGUUCCAGUAAUGUGUAUUGCAUGUUCAGUUAUGUGCCUGUCAGUUAUAGAUCAAACCAAACCUUUUGACUCAAAAGAUCAGAUUGUUAAUUCUCCCUUCCAGCUGCUACUCAUUUCCUUGUAAAUCAGUUAGAAGAAUUUGAUACUAGAUCAAGAUAACUUCUAAGUCUGAUAAUUCUCAUGGCUUGUUUGCCGGGUGAUAUCAACAUGUAACUUAUCCCUAUCAUAUAUAAAUAGAAUAAAUGUUUGAAAAGAAAAUUUGCCCUGAGCAGGAUUUGAACCCACGUCCCCCUGUUACUAGUCAGAUGUGAUGACCACUACACUAUCAGGACAACCAUGCUGGCAACACGGCAACUGAAGUUGUGGUUUAUGUGAUUGGAGACGUGGUCUCCCGGGAAACUUAAUUUUCAAGGUGACAGGGUAGGGGAAGCCUAUAAUCCCAUAUGAAACCCAACUAAGGAUCUAUUAAAGCUACACGACAGAAGUCAAUAUAAUAGGGAUAUGUUACAUGUUAACCACUUCUUGGAUUUAUAGGUUAACAAGGACUUCCUGAGGUACGUGAAAUUACUUUGUUUACUCAGUGUUUUGUAAUUGGACUGAUGUAGUGGCAUGAAAAAAUACCAAAAUUGAAAUUAUGCAAACUGUCAAUUGUUUUUUAGCAAAGUAUUUAUAAAUAUUUUUAAACUUUAAUAAAAACAAUGUGUCCACAAAAUGAAUAAAAUGCUGAUUAUCUGGCUAA